CUGGGCUGGUGCAGUGCAGAGGGGGUGAUCUAUUAGUUAGGGCAAAAUAAGUUUACAAAUCAGAACUCACCAUAGUCUGUAACUUCAAUUAAAAAAUAUAUAUAUAUUAUUUUUACUACUUUUAGAUUGUAUUUUCUACGCAGCCAAGAUGACCACCGCAGUGGUUUCGCCUUUCUACGAUUUCAGCGAAGUAAUGAACAAGAACGACAAGAUGCUGAAUUACAACAACAACUUACUGAGCGCCCCCCAUCAUCCGAUAUCCACCAACAUCCCCAUGUCUAUCACCAACCCCACCGGAGCCCUGCUGGACAGGAAGGCUGUGGGGACCCCCUCGCUGGGCUGUGGGCUGUCAGUAUACAAGAGACGCCACUCUGUCACCCUCCCCAACCAUAACCCCAGCUCCAAGUUUAACCAGAACCAGUUCCUUAACAGCCUGAAGACCAUAGACCACUCCUCCUGCUCCAUCACCUCAGGGUUUAUUGGAAGUGGUAGCAGCAACAAGGAGAAUCGCAUGAGGGACCGCUCUUUCUCCGAGACGGGUGAGAGGCUCCUACACCAGUGCCUGGGGCCUGCUAGUCCUACCAGCCUAGGAGCCCUGAGCCAGCAGCAGAGCCAGGUCAACUCCAGUCGCUACAAGACGGAGCUGUGCCGGCCGUUUGAGGAGAACGGAGCCUGUAAGUACGGCGACAAGUGUCAGUUCGCCCAUGGCUUCCACGAGCUGCGUUCUCUCAGCCGCCACCCUAAAUACAAAACCGAGCUGUGUCGUACCUUCCACACAAUCGGAUUCUGCCCCUACGGUCCUCGCUGUCACUUUAUCCACAACGCAGAGGAGCGCCGUGGACCCCCUCCCUCCCCCUCAUCCUGCUCCUCCUACUCUCCUCUCUCCUCCAAUAAGUUGGAGCGUCCUCGUCUGCAGCACAGCUACAGCUUCGCAGGGUUCCCCAGCUCUGGGGGUCUGAGAGGGGACAGCCCAACCUCCGUCACCCCUCCACCUAUGUUCUCUCCGGACGAGAUGCCUGAGUGGCCGAGCUCCAACCUCUUCACGUACUCCAGCCAGGAGCUGGCCAAUCUGUUCGGCCCCAGCCUUGGAUCCGGAGGCCACGAGGGGACUGAUCCCAAAGCCCCUGCACCCCCGUCCCAGAACAACACCCCCUACUUCUUCAGGCCCAUGUCGGAGUCCCCCACCCAGAUUUUUGCAUCUCCGUCCAGCCCGCCCCAGGACUCUCUGUCGGACCAGGAGGGGUACCAGAGCAGCUCGGGGGGCAGUCUCAGUGGGUCAGAAUCCCCCAGCCUGGAUGCCAACAGACGCCUCCCAAUCUUCAGCCGCCUCUCCGUCUCUGACGACUAGACGGCAGCUAUUUAAUGUAUCUUAUCCACGCCGCCCUUGAAAAAAGGACAGAAAGAUAUAAUGAAUGGGAAAUGGCACUCCCCUGUCCCCUCGACAACCAUCCCCUGACCCCUCUUCUCCACAAAUCAAUAUACAUUUAGUUCCUAGUUAGAAUAAGGAUACAGUGACUUGUUUUCAAAUCACCCCAGAAAUGUCUUCCUUGCUGUUACCCGCCUCCUAACUCCCCUCCCUUCACAGGCCCUACCAUGUCUUCAGUCAAAACGCGAGAGGAAACGAAUGAACAAUGAGAAUGUUAGACUUUUGUUGUUUUGCCAGGUGCCACCUGUGAUUUUGUUCCUGAACGUGUAGCAGUGCAAGUGUAUCAUUGCACCACAAACCACCCCAUCCUGUUGUUGGUCACUGGCAGUUGUGUUUCUGGAAAGGAAGGAUGAGGGACGUCUUUAUUGUCUAACUGGUUAUUAAACCUUUAAGACUGUUUGUAUUAUUAUUUUUGUCCCGCCCCCUCCCUCUCCACCCCACCGCCCUCUGUGCCGUUCCGCAGGCAGCGGGGAAUUCCAGCAUUCCCAUGGUGCAGUUCUUCUAUACUUCCUGCAACUUGAGAUGGGAUCUCUAAGCUAUCCUAGUUUUCCUCUUCCCCUUACAAUCAUAAUCUGGCUUUGAGGAGUAGUCUGAUGUUAUGACAUCUCUCUGCUUCUUUCUCUAGGUUUUGAUUAUUUUUAUUGUUAUUAUGAUUAUUUGUUUGAAAACUUUCCAAACAGUUUUUGCUUAUCACUGCAUAUUUAACUUAUCGAAACAUAUUUAUUGGUGAUCAUAUGCAUUUUUUUGUUAAUUUUGUUUUUGUAUUUAUCUGAAUAAUGAACAAUAGAAUAUAUUUUCUUUAUGUUAAAUUAUGAUCUUCGGUAUUAAUCUAAAGAUUGUGAAGACAUUUUGUCAAUUUCUUUUUUCACAGUUUAAUAUAUUGUAUUACAAUGACUUUUGUUUGCAACUACACAUUGUCAAAAUGAGACUUAAUUUAAAACAAAAAAAUGUAGAAAAAAAAGUUGAUUUAUUUAUUUGUAUACAUUUUUUUGUUCUCUGUUCUCCCUGUUAUUGGACUACAAUUCUAGCAAAAAUAAUUGCCGCAUUCUCAAUCCGGAGCUGUCCUGUGCUCACUCUUUUUUUAUGUUUUCUCUGACAGUAACAGUACUUUAAUGUUAUUACCUUUUUGCUGUUGUAUUCUUUGAGAUUAGGCCAACUUGGUACCAUAUGUAGACCAAACAGGAUUAUUUCAUAAAUAUGACUCAUAUCUAAAACUAAGAGGUGCAACACGUGAUGAGUAUCACCAUGUUCACUUGGACAUCCCGAUUCAGUGUGUGAAGUUUUGGGUUUAAAGUUAUGUGAAGGUCUCAGUUAAUGUAAUACAAGUAACCAGGGAUUUAGAGGAAAAAGACUCCCUUUUAUUACAAGCAAAAGCUGUGACCAAAUGGUUUGAGGAGAAGUUGUCUUGUUUUUUGCACUUGCAUGGCCCCAGCUGUUAAAGUGCCUACUUUUGAAUACAUUCCAGGUAGCUAACUAAGGCCUUUUCUAUUAAACGAUGGAAGAUGAUGGUGAAAUUGUUUUUAAAUUCCUUGUUCCAUGUUUCCUUGAAGUUUUGAAUGAUGUUAAACAGGAUUACUGAAAGUAAACGAAAGUUAACUGAAAGUCAAACUUUUGAAUGUAUUUUUCCAGCCAUGGUUUUUCACUAGUCAUUUCUCUGAGUUGAUAUAAAACUGAUUUCUUUUUGUAACUAUUGAUUGCAGUUAAAACCAAUAAACCCUGUAUUUUUCAAACAA